CGAAACUCAAUUACCACCCUUGGUACGUAUCAAAUUAAUUGGUUGGGGGUUUUCUCUUGAAACUCUUCAGAUGAGAUGAUGCUUAAGUUCCCAAUUGAUCCGAACUACGUUAGAAAUAACAAAACAACAACAAUACAAUAACAAAACACAUUGCUCUUGGAUUUGAAGAUAGGUACCUAGGUAGGUACAUAUCAAAGUACCUGGCUUCGCUCCGUCAUCCGUCAUCCGUCGGUCCACCAGUUGAUGUCCACAAUACGCCGGACAACUCGCGUUUUCGCCCAUUCAGAUGUGUCGCUACGAAUGUCUUGGUUCCAUCAUUCUCUUGAUUCAAGAUAUCGGCGAUAAGAUCCGGUCUAAGGAACCUCCACAUGUCUUACAAGGCUCAUCGGCUCCACAAUGCUCCAUGAAAUCUUGCUCUCCCUAUCGGGGCACCCAUCGCCUUUACUCAGGACCAACUAUACCGAUCCCAAGGCACAGUCCAUCAUCUCGCCGCCCGAGAGAGAACUCUUGAAGACAGCUGGCCAUCUAAGUGAUCUUCAUUGCAAACUUAUAAGUUACACUGCACAGAUCAGCGCAUCUCAUCCUUCAAUAAUAUGUCGUGCAGUAUCAACGGCUAUCAACUCCCUUUACCUCAAUGCCUUUCAGAGGAAGGUCUUAGAAGUGGAAGAUAGUGUUCUUCGGAAAGAUGCUUCCCUCGUUGGCGCUUAUAACAUUGUGCCUCUGACCGCGGUUAUGGGCGAAUUCUCAGACUGGACUCGCAGGAUGGAAUGGCUUUGGGAUCUAGUCCAAUUUAUCGAUAGAGAGAUCGAGGGUUCGCCAUGUCGAGGAGCGCAACUUGUCAACAGGCUGCGUGCUGAGCUUCAGACUGGUUAUGCUGACGUUGGGGAGACCGCGCUCAGUCUUGUUCGGGUCGCCGAAACCGCAUGGCUAAAGCAGGUCUCAGCUUGGGUCCUCUAUGGCAAGAUACCUGCAUUCAGCGACGCAGAUUUCUUCAUUCAGAAAGAUGAGGAUGACGAACAAGGCUAUUCGAUUAGACAUGGGUUACUCCCGUCAUUUGUAACAUCAUCAACGGCUUUAUCGAUGUUAUUCAUUGGAACAUCAUUAAACCGCGUAAAAACGAAGAGUAGUAUACAGUCAAGUAACAAUGGGCUCGACCAUCUCUCAUCCCAACUCCAGACUCUUGCAGAUGUAUCAUCACCUAUCAACAGUGUAGCAUUCUCAAGAGCUAUCACAUCAAUCCGGCUCACCUUAUCUCGGACGACUCUACAGAAACUCUUACCGUUGGCUAAGGUUCUUGAGAUGUUAAACCUCUUUCGGGACUUCUUCCUAAUCGGCCGUGGUGAAUUUGCUAUGGCUCUCACGCAGCAAGCCGAUGAAGUAAUCCGCAACCGCUGGCGACGUGCCGAUAACCUCGCUUAUGAAAAGCGGUAUGGGCUUAAUAACGUGAUGGUCAAAGAAGGCGAAGUUGCCGCGGUUCUGACCAAAACCUGGGCUUUGCUAAGCUCGAUGCAAGGUCAACACGCAGAUGAAGAUGAAGGUCUUGAAAUAGCACGCGAUCUGCUACGAUUGAAUCUCUCUAAGACCAAGCCACCAACCCCUAAAAAGCCCAAGGCCGGUGUAAACAACGAACAGCCAGGCGCCAUCGCAAACACUCCAUUUCGAAAUUUACUUUUCUCCGUUCCCGUCGUCCUCACAUCACAGUUCCCGCCACCGCUGGACUUAUUCUUAACUGCGUCUGAUGUACAGACUUAUACCUCUAUCAAUUCAUAUCUUCUAUCUAUCCGCCGCUCCCACCUCCACCUCACAGACUUGUGGAAAAUAACGUCCCUCCGCCGGCAUCACCCACCACCCCCUAGACCUCCCUAUAGUACCACGAAAGGCGGCGUCGCAAGAACGAGGGUCCUUCGCGAGCGCUGGUCCGCUCGUUCCUCUACGAUGCGAGGUACCUGGAGCACAAGCAGCGCCGCGAUAUUCUUCUUGGCGGAAACCGAGACAUAUCUGCAAAUUGAGGUCGUCGAAAGCCUCUGGGACGAUUUCCUCAGUUGGUUGACGGGAGAAAGCGAGCACAACGGGCAUUACAGCGCUCCAUCAUUCAACAGCCAUCCCAGUGAUGCCAAUGAUACCCCUGGUGAAGACCACGCUAGUUCCUCCCAGGACAAACCGAAAGAGACUCAGACCCAAAAUUCCAGCCCUGCCCAUCACGACCCGCAGACGCUAGCCACUGCCCAUCGGCUGUACCUCCGGACGCUCUCCCGGCGCCUCCUCCUAACGCGGCCCUCCUUUACGGACGCCCUGUACGAGCUGCUCGUCCACGUCGACCACCUAGUCGCGCUCGUCCACCGCCUGCACGGGAUAUGGACGUCGAUGGACCUGGAAGCGGACGAGGGCGUCGUGGACGCGUUCUCGGACCUGGCUACCGAGGAAAAGGACGUGCGGAACAAUAUCCGUGACGUCGAGCGCCUCGUCAAGAGCAAUAUCGAGAACGUCAUCGCCACGCUGCGCGGCCUGAGCAUGGACUCCGCGUUCAUGGCCGAGCUCGAGGACGGCGGCAGAGGAGAUGAUGAGGAUGAGGAUGAUGGCGUGGGUGUGGGUGAUGAGAUGAUGCUUGGCGAAGGGGGUGGGUAUGUGCCUAGGAGGACGGGGGGUAUUGAUAGGUUGUUGAUGAAGCUUGAUUUCGGGGGAUGGUUUGAUGCUGGGAAGGUGGGGGCUGGAGAUGGAGAGGGGAAUGAUGAUGAUGGGUUUUGAGAUGAAUUAUGCUGUUAUGAUGCUGGGUUAGGGGAGUAGUGAGAGAGGAUAGUAAAUUGUACGAUGUUUUGCUAUUGAAACACUUUACCUAAACCCAAAAGAUUGGGCUGGGAUAAGUUGGUUGAGUGUUUUGAGGGCCAAGAUGCGAAAGCUGCGUGGGACUUCUAUUAACUUACAACAGGGUAUCGGAAGAGCAGAAUAGCUACCUGAAAGUAAUGCUUACAAUGGACCAUCGAAACACCAAAUAUGCAUGAAGAAGGCUAGCGAUAUAUCAAAUA